AGUGUCGUUGUCUGACCUACAAGAAGCAUAAGGCACCUAGUUCGUACAGAACUUAAACGUCAAUAAUAUUAGUAUGAGGGUAAUUGUAGCCCUAUGGAUGUUCAUUGUCAAAGAAACGUGCACAGGAAAGGAACCUCUCAGCUCAACCAGCCCAAUUGACCACACUGAAGAUCAGCAAGGCAAUCCCGGUAACCAGCCCUUGUUCCUGACACCUCUCAUUGAGGCUGGCCGAAUAAAUGAAGCCAAGUCCUUGAGCCGCGUCGGACCCCUGGGAGACGUGGAGGACGUGCUAAGCUAUGCAGGGUUCCUUACCGUCCAACGGGACAUGGGCAGCAACAUGUUCUUCUGGUUCUUUCCAGCAAAGGAAAACCCAGACAGUGCGCCCGUAAUCCUUUGGCUUCAAGGUGGUCCCGGAAGUUCGUGUAUGGUUGGCAUCUUCUCCGAACAUGGUCCGUUCGUUGUCGCCGAUGGUGGCAUUCCUAAACUUCGAGAGUUCACCUGGACCAGUCGCUUCUCGAUGCUUUACGUCGACAGCCCAGUGGGCACGGGAUUCAGUUUUACGGGAGACCGUGGCUACGCGAGGAACCAGACGGACGUAGGCCGGGACAUGCUCGAAGCCCUGCAGCAGUUCUUCACACUCUUCCACGAGCUUGCCGGCAACGACUUCUACCUCAUCGGAGAAUCAUAUGCCGGCAAAUACGUCCCGGCCGUUGCAUACGCUAUCCACACGGCCGUGCAGCCGAGAGUCCAAUUCAACCUCAAGGGCAUCGCAAUCGGCAAUGGUUUGGUGGACCCGGAAUCCAUGCUGGACUAUGCGGACUACCUCUACCAGAUAGGCCUUGUGGACCGCAACCAAGCCGUAGUACUUCGACAGCGGUGCGACGAAGUCAAGCGCUUCAUCCAAAACGAGCGCUACGCCGACGCUGUCAAAACAUUCAAUUCUAUUCUUAUAUGUGGCGCCAAUUCUACGUGCUACUUUAGAAACGUUACGGGUUUCGACAACUACUUCAAUUUCUUGCAAGCCAAGAUGCCCAAGGACUGGAACAACUUCGUCGAGUUUGUGCAAACGCCUGUCGUUCGAGAUGCGAUCCACGUUGGGAAUCUUACUUUUAGCGAGGAAUCAAAGAUGGUAGUGACGAAUCUUUUUGUCGAUCUAGCGAAAUCUGUGAAGCUCUGGCUCGCUGCUCUUAUGGAAGAGUACAAGGUGUUGAUCUACAACGGUCAACUGGACAUCAUCGUACCGUACCCACUUACAGUGAACAUGAUCUCGACCGUCUCAUGGUCGGGCGCUGAGGCAUUCAGCAAUGUGCCAAGGCAGAUUUGGCUGUCUCCUAAUGGGCAAGACGUCGCUGGCUUUGUCAGACAGGUUGGACAGUUUACCGAGGUUUUAGUGAGAAAUGCAGGCCACUUCGUUCCUUACGAUCAACCGGAGGUGGCCUUGGACAUGAUUACGAGGUUUGUUCGAGGAGAGGCCUUUGACCCGUGACCAACUUCCGAUCACUAAAUCUGUUAAAGCUUGUAUAGUACAGAAACCAAGUGUUAUAAACUUGAUAAGGAAUAAUGCCCUCGGGAUACUUGUGCUGAGUCAACACUUCGGAAAUGUGCCUAAUAUCUUGAAGGCUACGCUCGUUCCGGAAGUAUGCGCUGUCAUCUUGAGAGCCACCUGAGAUAUUCUUAACUGAUAUUUUUUUCACACUGCAUAUUUAAAGGGCGUUUCAUGAAUAUUCACGUUAAAACACCUUUAAGCCGAUUAAUAUAUAUUGUAACGUGAUGGUGCAUAAUGCCUAUCCACUACUUGUAGAAGGGUGCAUAAAUUAAGGGUGCGGAAAAUGGUGCUGGUGUGCAGUGCGACUAAACGACAACAUCCCGCUUGAGGCAGAAAAUUCUUAGCGGUACAUUUAACUAGGAGAUAAAUUCCCCACACCUAAAGAAAUUAUUUUAUGUAUAAUAUUCACGAAAAAAAAAAAGAAAAAAGCAACAUUUAUAGUCUUCUUUAUUCUUGAGGUAAUAAAUGGCCCAUGACUUUUCAACUGUCGA